AUGGGGCACAAAGAUAAAUCACGUAAAGAUAAGAGAUUGCAAGAGAUCUCCCUUUUGAGAACCAUUCCUUAUUCUGAUCACCAGAGGUGGUGGUCGAAGGAAACGAUUGCUGUGGUUACUGGUGGAAAUAGAGGAAUUGGUUUUGAGAUAUCAAGACAACUUGCUGAUCAUGGAGUCACUGUUGUGUUGACAUCAAGAGAUGCUAGUGUUGGUGUUGAAUCAACUAAGGUCUUACAAGAAGGUGGUUUGGAUGUGGAUUGUCAUCAACUUGAUAUACUAGAUUCUUCAUCUGUCAAUGAAUUCGCCGAAUGGUUGAAGGAAAAAUAUGGUGGCCUAGAUAUUCUGGUAAAUAAUGCUGGUGUUAAUUCCAAUACCGGAUCUGAUAACGCGGUUGAAAAUGCACGUAAAUGUAUAGAAACAAAUUAUUAUGGAACCAAGAGAAUGAUUGAAGCUAUGAUGCCAUUGAUGAAGAAAUCUGCAGCUGGUGCUCGUAUCGUAAAUGUGAGUUCACGUUUGGCUCGAGUAAGCGGCAAAAGAAAUAGAAUAGAAAAUGAUGUAUUGAGGGAGAAACUAAGCGAUGUGGAAUCUCUUUCGGAGGAGUUUAUUGAUGAAACUAUAAAUACUUUUCUACAACAAGUUGAAGAUGGAAGUUGGAAAUCAGAAGGGUGGCCUCAAACACUAACUGAUUAUACAGUAUCGAAACUUGCGGUUAAUACAUAUACAAGGUAUAUGGCAAAGAAGCUUGCUGAUAGGCCAGAGGGUGAAAAGAUUUAUAUAAAUUGUUACUGUCCUGGUUGGGUGAAAACUGCAUUAACAGGUUAUGCAGGAAGUGUUACUGUUGAGCAAGGGGCUGAUACUGGAGUUUGGAUUGCACUUGUUCCUGAUCAAGAGAUAACUGGCAAGUUUUUUGCUGAAAGAAGAGAGAUUAACUUUUAA